AUGAUCCGAGCAUCCUUCGCCACCACCAUUGGCCUUAUCCACACACACACUCAUGGAGGAGCUCAAGCUCGUCCUCUACAAAGCAAUACCCGAGAGGUAAUCCAUUGCCCCGAAGCGUGGCUAAUCAAAAUCGUCUCUACUCUGUUCGUCUACAGGGUUCCGGAUUCCGAUCUCUGUUUCUGCUACCUGAGCAAGAAUCUGAACCCCUUCAUCGCAUUUGAGGUCGUGAAGAAACUCGACAAUCCUCACACAGGGUUUCGGUUUUGGGAGUUUAGUAGAUUCAAGCUCAACAUCCGCCAUUCUUUCUGGACUUAUAACCUUCUCACGAGAUCUCUUUGUAAAGCCGGGUUGCACGAUUUGGCCGGGAAGGUAUUCGAGUGCAUGAAGAGUGACGGCGUUUCUCCGAAUAGUCGACUGUUAGGGUUUUUGGUGUCUUCUUUCGCUGAAAAGGGUAAGCUUCAGUUCGCUACUGCUUUGCUUCUUCAGUCUUAUGAGGUUGAAGGAUGUUCUAUGGUGGUUAACAGUUUGCUGAACACGUUAGUGAGGUUGGACCGUGUUGAAGAUGCGAUGAAGCUAUUCAAUACGCAUCUGAAGUUUCAGUCUUGUAAUGAUACAUGGACGUUUAACAUUCUGAUUCGAGGUUUAUGUGGAAUAGGAAAAGCUGAUAAAGCGUUAGAGCUUUUGUGCGAGAUGAGUAGUUUUGGUUGUUCGCCUGAUAUCGUCACGUAUAACACUCUGAUCAAAGGGUUUUGCAAGAGUAAUGAGCUUAACAAAGCGUAUGAGAUGUUCAACGAGGCCAAGUCGAGAAGCGGGUGUUGCUCUCCGGAUGUUGUUACUUAUACCUCUAUGAUGUCAGGGUACUGUAAAGCCGGGAAGACGCGAGAAGCAUCUCUUCUGCUAGAUGAAAUGGUUGAUUUGGGAAUGUAUCCGACUAACGUAACGUUUAAUGUUCUCGUGGACGGUUAUGCGAAAGCUGGCGAGAUGCUUUCCGCGGAAGCCAUCCGCGAGAAGAUGGACUCUUUCGGCUGUUUUCCGGAUGUUGUGACCUUCACUUCGUUGAUCGAUGGAUACUGCAGAGUGGGACAAGUGAACAAAGGGUUUAGUCUUUGGGAAGAGAUGAAUGCUAAAGGAAUGUUCCCCAAUGCGUUUACUUAUUCGAUUCUUAUCAACGCGCUCUGUAAAGAGAAUCGGCUGCUCAAGGCUCGCGAGCUUUUGGCGCAGUUAGCUGUUAAGGACGUUGUUCCGAAACCGUUCUUGUACAACCCUGUGAUCGACGGGUUUUGUAAAGCCGGGAAGCUCAACGAGGCGAAUGUUAUCGUGGCUGAGAUGGAGAGGAAGAAAUGCAAACCGGAUAAGAUCACGUUUACGAUUCUUAUAAUUGGUCAUUGCAUGAAAGGAAGGAUGUGUGAAGCAAUCAGCAUUUUCCACAAAAUGGUGGCGAUAGGUUGUUCACCGGAUAAGAUUACAGUGAGUUCUUUGUUAUCUUGUCUUCUUAAGGCCGGAAUGGCUAAAGAGGCCUAUCAACUAAACCAGAUUGCAGUAAAAGGACAGAGUAAUGGUAUAGCAACUUUAGAUACAAAAGCGGGAAAUGUAACUGUUGCUGCCUGCUAG